AAUGAGCGUUUUUGACUCAAUAAACGAUCUUUGGCUGCGGUCCUACUCUUGCUCUGCGCCUACAGCUCUUUUCUGUUGUUUAGCAAAUUCCUGCUAAUUACUUCGUGUCAAAAAAACGAAUGAAAAUGCUUGGCACAUCGCUGGAGAUGAAGUCGGGCUGAAGCUGUGCAGUUAAGUGCCUCACGGUCUUCUAUAAAAUUACUGAGCAACCAGUGACAACCAGCACAUCACAAAAAACAACUGGAGUAUCAGCUUCUUGUGUUGUCAGUUUCAGCAUCUGGAUUGUAACCAUCUGGUGAGAUCUGGUGUGAUGAGAUAUUUGUCUUGAGCCCCAGAAGAUUUGGAUCAUCAGCUCAUGCUGUCCUGAGUCGAUGAUGAGUGCUGUUGGUGAGGAUUCAUCAAGAACUUCAAGUUGGAGCUGACAUUUCUAAAUCCUUCCUGCCGAAGAAGUGCUCUGAGCAGGGAGUCUUCACCGUUUAUCUGUAUUCUGACAAUACCCAGGACAUCUGCAGCAACACUGCCAUGCCCACCAACCAGUCAUCGCCCUGGGGUGGAGGGAAUCUCAGGCCGUGUUCCAAGGCAUACAGUCCCCCCACUGCUGCCUUGGUUUCAAGUGCAGGCUUUAAAGUGUCAUUCAGGCACCCUCCCAUGGAGCUCCCCAAGGCUAACAACCAAGACAAACUGCUGUCAUCUACUGUUGUUUCAUCCAUGUCGUCAUCUGCCUGUCCUGUGUGGGAGAAAAGGGGUGGAAACAGUUCAAACACCUGGAGUCAUCAUUUUGCAUCAGAGAAAUUAGUAAACCAGCCAGAACAGCUGAAUGCAAUUCAGAGACCAAAUCAGGACCGGGCACCAUCAAAACCAAAGGAAACCUUUAACAGCACCACAUUUAAGGAACUCCAGCUGAGUGGAGUCACUGAGAGCUGUUCACAAGUCCAAACCUAUCAGCCUGGAGACAGAGCAGCAUUAGAAAGUGGGCAGAAUUCAACAGAUGAUGUAACACUAGAGUCUUCCCCGGGGAUUUACAGAGACGUAUUCAUCAAAGGACAUGCCACUGAGCAGCGCAGCACCCAUCUGAUGCCUAAGGCUCCAGACUGUUUCUCUUCACCACCAGUGCCUCACCAGUGCCUUAAGCUUUUCAAACAUCAGGGAACAAAGUUGUGGAAGAAUAUCUCUAGCCACAAUGGCACAAAAGAAGAAACAAGAAGCACAAAGAGGCAGACGAAUACUCCACGGAGAAGCCAUUUGGCUAAAACCACAAUAAAACGCAGUCAGGCACAAAAUGGUCGUCCAACACGGACGUCUUUAAACAAUCAGCUGCUAGUUAAAGGUGGUCCUCCAGCUGUUCUGGUUGCAGCUACCAACAGCAAGCCCGAGAACGCAGCAUCGCUCCGGCGGUCUGCAUGCAGAGGUCUCCAUUCCUCCUCCUGCAUCAACAUGCCAGCUGUGCUCUGUGGCAGUGAGCAGCUGCUGGCCACAGAGUUCCAUGCUGAUGAAGAUGUGGCUUCAUGUCCUGCAGGAGCUUUGGUGGGCUCAGUGACCAAUCAGAUAUCGGCCAUACACCUCACCAGGAAAGGCCAACCACCCACCACAUCAACUCAGUGUCUGUCCUCAUCUCCAUCAGUGACAGAGGAUCAGCUGAUGGGCUCGGAGUGUGUGAUGCAGGUGGAUGGAGUGGAGGAGGAGCUUCCAGAUGAGCUGGAAAAUGCCUGCAGUGAUGAUGAUGAUUCAGAAAGUUAUUCCAUUGUUCGUUCUUCUUCUGAUGCAUCAAUCCCUUACCUCUCUAGUGUUGAGGAGCCAAUGAUAUUGGGGGGAGAGGAUGAUCGAGAAGAGUGCCCAGCACUUGUCCCCAGUUUGUUUCCACUCAUGCCCCCCACACUCUACUUCAGCACAGCCAAUGAGAAAGUGGAGCUACUACCUGCUGAACAAAGACGGCUGCUGAAAUGGAAGAUGAGCACCGUUACUCCCAACAUUGUCAAGCACACCAUCGCCAGGUCCCACUUCAAAGCCACCAAGAAAAGCUACGACUGGGUAGGCUGCUGGGGACAUCAUAUGAAGUCCCCUGGCUUUAAGGCGAUUGGGGAGCACCAGAAGUUGAACCACUUUCCAGGAACCUUUCAAAUUGGCAGGAAAGACAGGCUUUGGAGGAACCUGUCCAAGAUGCAGCUUCGCUUCGGCAAACAGGAGUUUAACUUUUUCCCACGGACGUUCAUCCUUCCUCAGGAUAUUAAGCUGCUCCGUAAAGCCUGGGAAGAUGGUGGCUCCAAGCAGAAGUGGAUUGUUAAGCCUCCUGCAUCAGCCAGAGGAAUAGGGAUCCAGGUCAUCCACAAAUGGAGUCAGCUGCCCCGUAAGAGACCAUUGCUGGUACAGAAAUACCUUCACAAGCCCUACCUGAUUGGUGGAAACAAGUUUGACUUGCGGAUUUAUGUCUACGUGACAUCCUAUGACCCGCUCCGAAUUUACAUGUUUUCUGAUGGGCUGGUCCGCUUUGCUAGCUGCAAGUAUUCGUCUUCCAUGAAGACUCUGAACAACAAGUUCAUGCACCUGACCAACUACAGUGUGAACAAAAAGAACUCUGAGUACCAGACAAACAGUGAUGACAAAGCUUGCCAUGGACAUAAAUGGGCUUUGAAGGCUUUGUGGCACUACCUUGGCUCUAAAGGCAUAAACACCAGCCUGAUAUGGGAGAAGAUUAAAGACAUUGUGAUCAAAACUAUUAUUGCCUCUGAGCCUUAUGUGAACAACCUGCUGAAGAUGCAUGUGAAAACACCUUACAGCUGCCACGAGCUGUUUGGCUUUGACAUCAUGCUGGACGAGAACCUUAAACCCUGGAUCCUGGAGGUCAAUAUAUCACCAAGCCUCCACUCCAACUCGGCGCUGGACGUUUCCAUUAAAGGGCAGAUGAUCAGAGACCUCCUGAACCUGGCCGGCUUCAGGAUUCCUCCGAAAGUAGAAGUGGUCUCCUCCAGCAGUAGUACCUCAAGCUCCAACAGCAGUCUGUAUGGAGGGAACAAAGAGAGGACCAAACCUGAACUGACUGCUGAUGAGAAAGUAAAGCGAGCCUUUUACCUUGCUCAGCGUUAUGCCGACCAGGACUUUCUAUCAUCGGUCUUGGAUAUUUUGACCCCAGAGGACGUCCGUGUUCUGGCAGAGAGCGAAAACGAACUGAAUCGUCAAGGAGAAUUCCAGCGCGUUUUCCCAUCACAAUCAUCAUCACGCUACCUUCGCUUCUUCGAGUGUCCCAGAUACCUCAACAUCCUGCUGGAUCAGUGGGAUCAGAAGUACUGGAAUGACCGGACAAAAUGUAUCAGUUACCUGACAGCCCUCUGUCAGAAGGGAAUCCAUCUGGGAACCAGCGACCCAGCCCACACGUGGUCCAAGUGUAGCUACAUGUCAAGAACUGCAGCCCAGAGGCCAGGAGUACUGAGUCCAUCCAGAUCCAGCGUGGUAGUCAGCCACCAGCACUGCUCCCACCGCAAUGCCUCUGAUGAGGAAUGUUCAGACCCAGAAUCAGCAUCCAUCUCCAGUCUGCCUGGCUCCCAGAGUCCUGGAUCUAGUGUGACUAGCAGUGCCUGUGUGAGCCCUCAGUCCAGCCUCACCCAAAGCCUCCUGCCCCAACAGUUAUCCUCAUUCUGAUGAUGUCUGGUACCCUGAUGGAGCUCCUCCACAAACCCACUUCAUACAAACUCUCUGGAGCAGAAAGAACCUGCUAAAAUGAAUGGUUUAUUUUAACCCAAUUAUUACAGGGAUGCACUGUUAGAAAAAAUAAAAGUGCCUACUCAUUUGUACUAUUUUUAUUUUUUUUUUCUUCUGACAGUUUUCUGUUUUCAUGGCGCCCCAAACAGAGGGUCGCCCUGUUAGCUUUUGGAUAGAAGGACUUUAUGACCUGUCCUGUCCCAGCAGCAGUGUUGUGGGGUCUAGGAUAAAACCAGAGAGGUCUGAAUGUGUUUGAACUGGUGAUUUCCUCCCUGAGAUGCCUGAUCUUGUCAGGUGUCCAGCAUUUUACUGCGAUGCAGGGUAGAUGUUUGGGCAGAACAUGAUGUAAUGUGAGAUUUCUUUUGAUACACGUGGCGAUCAUCAGCAUUGAAAUAAGCAUUUUAGAACUAUUUACAAAGAAAACAUUGGCAUUGGCCUUCUGCCUGGCAGAGUUGGGGUUUCUCUGUACCCAGCUCUAGAUCUGUUGUGUGAGAACAGUUGAUCACUGUGAUAGAUCCACUGAGCUGCUUUAUACAUCACACAAGGUACCAUGUUCCUCCUAUAUGCCUCUAAGGUGAUGCAGCGCCAUUCCUUACUACCUCUCCACGAGUCAGGCUGUGGAAAGUGCUGAUUUCUCACAGCUUUGAAGCUGCUCUCACCUUUGGUGUUACAACUGUUCCUGCAAGCCUAAGUGAAGCCUUUAAAGAGCUUAUUUUAUGCUUUUAUCUCGCAUGUUUAGAGGUUUUUUUAAACAUGGACCUUUUUAUUUGAGCUGGUUGUAUUUUAUCCUAGCUGGUGUCUGUUGAACAUGCUAACGUUCUACCUCUGUAAUGGUGAUGAGAGCAGAGUAUUUCAGGGUAAACCCAGCUGUUCUGAGAGGUCGCAGGAAUCUUCUGAUGCAAGUAAGGACGACAGAAGUAAGCUUCCUGUGACAUAAGUCUCUGAAACUAAUGAUGCAAAAAGCUGAAACCCACUCAGUGUUGUUGCUUGAAUGUCUAACAGUGUUUGCUAGAAUUAUAGUGUUUUCCAGUCACAUUUUAAAUAAUCUUAAAAGCUUCUUUUGUUACAGAAGUUUGUUUUAACCCUGUUUACACAGGCUGGUAAACUGAACUGUGCUCAUGUCAAACUGUGCAAAAUUUGACAUGAGUUAUCUCAGAACCAAAAGGGAUUACACUGAGGAACAUCAGUUUUGACACGUUUUUAUAGAAGAGAAUGCUAACCAUCAUCUUGCCUUAGAGUUGUGCCUUGUAUUCCAUCAAAGUGACCCACAGAAACAUGGGAAAGAUGAUCCAACAUGAGUGAAUGUCAUGCUUAAUAAAUAAAUUGAAUUGCUUGCUUGUCUUUGAGCUCUUUAAAGAAAGAAAAAUGGUUUAGUGUGGAAUUUUGAGACCUUCAGGACAAUAUAAAACAAAAAAUUAUAAUAGCAAAGAAUAUUUAUUUAAAAAAAUAGUACAUAGUGCUUACUGAAGGGAUAAAACAAUAUAUUGGCUGUUUUUACUGUAUGUUUAUCCCUGUUUGAUUGACAGGGUGGAGAUGCCUAAAAGAAACUUGUUGCAGGGAUUGAGACCUCUGAGCUGUGCCUACAUGAACAUGAGACCGUGCCAGCAGGUACUUUAUAAACUUUCCUUUGUGUAAUAAAUUUCAUUAAAAACAGCUUCAUCCCACCACUGUCUGCACAGAAGUGCCUUAAAUGGGUUUAAACACACCACCUCAUUUCUACGUUGAGCCGCUGCUGGCUGAAGAUUCCUCUGUGUGAGAGUAGUGACAGCAUGCUGUGGCAGAUGUUUUUAUUCACACAUGCACCUCUGGAUAUUUUUAUUAGCAGAUCUUGUGUUUCUUUGUAAAUCCUCAGGAUGAUAUGGAGAAAAUAAAAGUUAUUUGUCAAACACGUGGAA